AUGCAGUUACUACCUGUCCGAGGACAUCAAGUAUUUCAACAACCAGAACACAUGAAACCUGCUACACAUUUGUGGCGGCAAUUCCGCCUGGUUGAACUCAAACAAAACAUGCGCCAACAAGGAGACACGACAUUCAUAGAUGUGCUUAACGCCCUAAGAGUUGGAAAAUUAACGUCUAAGCAUCUUGAAGUUCUUCUUGCACAAGACCAACUCGUUGAUGCUACACGAAAUUUAGGUAAUAAAGACCUAAACUCUGUAAUACCUAAUGAUAUCAAUAAAAGAGGAGGUCUUCCUAAUAUAUUGAAAAUAUUCGUCGGAGCUAAAGUGAUGUUAAGAUCGAACAUUGAUGUGUCAAAGGGUUUAGUGAAUGAAAUUAUAUGGCCAAAUUUUCGUAGGGACCAAGUAUAUGCAGAUGACAUCCCAUCAGUCCGUAUUAAUUUCGGUUCAGAUGGUGAACACGUAAUUAAGCCAAUAUCGAUACAAUUUCCAGCAAAAUAUAGCUAUGGAACUGCUGAGAGACGAAUGUUACCGCUAAUCCUGAGUUGGGCAUCAACCGUUCAUAAGAUGCAAGGCUGUACAGUUGAUCAUGCAGUCAUUUAUCUGGGCUCACGGAUGUUUGCUGCUGGACAAGCAUAUGUAGCACUUAGUCGGUGCAGAUCAUUGGACGGUAUUCGAAUUGAAGAACUUGAUUGCUCAAAGAUGACAGGUAAAACCCCAUGUAACAGUGAAGCAUUAGAUGAAAUGAUUCGACUAAGAAAUAAUAACUCAUAA